AUGGAACAAGGUGAGCAACAAGAUUACACAGGACAGCAAGAACAGAUAGACCAUCAAACAGAUCUGAAACCUUCUAAGAACCCAAGGCAUACGGAACUGCGAAAGGGGGGCACUGGACAUGUUGAUAUGAGUGCCAUUGUUAGUGGUACUGCACUGAGCAUUCCUACACAAGAAAUUGGUAACGAUCCACUGAAGAAAACGAACGAACCAAGGUCACAACCUGAUACGGAUAAACGUAAAGAG